AUGACGGCCAAGGAUUAUCCAUCUUUGUGGGGCUGUGGAACGACAAAGACUUUUAAAAUUCCCAUUGAACAUUUGGAUUUCAAGUAUAUUGAAAACUGUUCAAAUGUUAAACACCUGGAAAAAAUUCUUUGUGUGCUGAGGUCUGGUGAGGAAGGAUAUUAUCCUGAACUUACAGAAUUUUGUGAAAAGCGCCUUACAGACUUGGCUCCUAAAAGUAGAGCUUUGAGGAAAGACAGACCAGCAGCCACGGCAUCCAGUUUUACAGCAGAAGAAUGGGAAAAAAUUGACAGUGAUAUAAAGAGUUGGAUAUCAGAAAUUACAAGAGAAGAAAAUACAAUGCACUUCGAUCACACUAGGACGUGUUCAGGAGCAGGAGACCACCUGCCCCCUAUUCGUGGCUCGAACAGCUGUUUUCAUGUUGGCAAGGAGAAGAAUUCUAAAAGUAGACCAGUUAAAAAGAACAUUCCAAGGGAUUAUGCAGAGUGGGAUAAAUUUGAUGUUGAAAAGGAAUGUUCAAAAGUUGAUGAAGAUUCUAAAGAAAAGAUUAUAGUAGACAACAAGGCCCAUUUGUCUAAAAUUGAGACAAGAAUAGAUACAACAGGCCUAACUGAGAAAGAGAAGGGUUCUCUUGCUACUCGUGAAAAGGAGAAAGGAAAUGAGGCUUUCCACUCAGGAGAUUAUGAAGAGGCUGUGAUGUAUUAUACCAGGAGCAUAUCAGCCCUUCCAACUGUAUCUGCCUAUAACAAUCGCGCCCAAGCAGAGAUCAAAUUAGAGAAAUGGAGCAGUGCUUUUCAAGAUUGUGAAAAGGUCUUGGAGUUAGAACCUGGAAACAUCAAGGCUCUUCUACGUCGUGCCACGACAUAUAAACAUCAAAGCAAGCUCCAGGAAGCUAUUGAAGAUUUGAGUAAAGUCCUGGAGGCUGAGCCUGACAAUGAGUUGGCCAAGAAAACCUUGUCAGAGGUUGAAAGAGAUCUUCAAAAUCCGAAGCCUGUGGCUCAAACCCAAACCAAAGGAAAAAGGAUGACUAUUGAAGAGGUACAAGGUUCCGAAGAUGAAGACGAGAAGGAAAGUGGAAAUACACAUGAAGAUGGCAAUGGAGAUAAGAGACCCAGUGAUCCCAUCCACAGCCCCUCAGCAGCGGCCCCGCGCGCCAUGGGCAACAUCCAGAAGAAGCUGAUGGGCCGAGGCGAGGGCGGCAAGCGGCCGCUGAAGGGCGCGGCGCGGCGGGGCCGGGCGCCCGGGGCCCGCGCGGACAAGCGGGGCGGGCCGCGGGCCACGGCCACGGCCGGCGAGCCGGGCUCCGGGGACCCGGCCCCGGCCAGCGCGCCCCCCGCCGCCCCGCUCGGCCCCGGCGGCCUGAAGACCCAGGGCAACGAGCUGUUCCAGAACGGGCGGUUCGCCGAGGCGGCCGCCAAGUACUCGGCGGCGAUCGCGCGGCUCGAGCCCGCAGGAAGUGAAAGUGCAGAUGAUCUAAGUAUCUUAUAUUCAAAUAGAGCAGCAUGUUACCUCAAAGAUGGAAACUGCAGCGGCUGCAUCCAAGACUGUAACAGGGCUCUGGAACUCCAUCCAUUCUCAAUGAAACCGCUUCUGCGUCGAGCAACGGCCUAUGAAGCCUUAGAGCAGUAUAGGAAAGCUUACGUGGAUUAUAAAACAGUGUUACAGAUAGAUUGUGGAGUCCAGCUAGCAAAUGACAGUAUUAACAGGAUAACAAAAAUCUUAAUGGAGCUGGAUGGACCAACUUGGCGGGAGAAACUCUCCCCCAUCCCUGUGGUGCCCACUUCCAAGCCAUUGGGAACUUGGUGUCCCGCAGCAGAGAGGACUGCAGACCAAGAGACAGAUUCUGGCAGCGGUCGCCUGCCCAGCAUCACAGAUGAAAAAAUGUUUCAGAUCCUUAAGGAAGCAGGAAAUCAGUAUGUAAAGGACAAGAACUAUGAAGACGCUGUUGGUAAAUACAGUGAAUGCUUAAAGAUUAACAACAAGGAGUGUGCCAUCUACACAAACAGGGCUCUCUGCUACCUGAAGCUGUGCCAGUUUGAAGAGGCAAAGCAGGACUGUGACCAGGCCCUGCAGAUAGACGGAGGGAAUGUGAAAGCAUGCUAUAGACGGGCGCUCGCUCAUAAAGGACUCAAGAAUUAUCAGCAAAGCUUAAGUGACCUCAAUAAAGUCCUUCUUCUGGAUCCAAAUAUUGUUGAAGCAAAGAUGGAACUGGACGAGGUUACUAGCUUCCUUAAGAAUGAUAACACAGCCUCACUUGGCAAAGGAAAGAGGAAGAAAAUUGAAAUCCAAGAGGUGACUGAAGGCAAUGAAGAGGAGCCGGAAAGAACCUCCGAGGUCUCUGCUAACUGCCAGGCUUCUGGGAACGGGGAUGAAAGCAGUGGGUUGACAGAACACUCUGAAAAACUGCAGAUCUCCAAGCCUAGUAACGCCUACGAAUUCGGCCAGGUCAUAAAUGCAGUCAGUACCAGGAAAGAUGAAGAGGCCUGUGCACACCUUUUAGCCAUCACCGAACCAAAAGAUCUGCCAAUAUUGUUAAGUAACAAGCUUGAAGGGGACACACUCCUCCUCCUCAUCCAGUCUCUGAAAAACUAUCUUGUUGACAAGGACUGCUCCUUAGUAUACGAGCAUCUUUUGUAUCUGAGUAAAGCAGAGCGCUUUAAGAUGAUGUUGACACUACUUAACAAAGACCAAAAGGAGCAAAUUGGACAGCUAUUUGAUGUUCUUUCUGACACACAAACCAAUCAUUUUACUUUAGAAGACAUAGAAGCCCUCAGAAGACAGUAUGAGCUUUAACACAAGAUUACCGUUAGAUUUCUUCCAUGCAUGCAUCAGUUCCAGUAACACCAAUGGUGGCAUCAUAAUAAAGCUGCAUGGAUAAAACCUGGCUUAGAAGAGAGCCUUUGGCCUGGACUAUAAUACAUCUAUUUUUGUAUACAGAGCAUGUGUAUUCUACAAUCUGCUUUUAUUAGUUGUAAAUAUUUUCUUAUGUACCAGAGCCAACAUCUUUAUAUUUAAUAAGUAUAUUUGGAACUUGUUAAAAUAUAUUUUAAUUUAUAGUACAUUUUCUUUUAAUAACUCACUUAAGUUAAAUGACAUUUCUUUGAGCUGUGGAGUACUUUUAAGUUUGAAAGAAAUGAAUUUCUUUAGUUCUUUUUUGAAAGUGAAAGUCAUUAAUGGUGAUUAUCAUAUCACCUUAUAGCCUACAAAGAUAUGCAUAAAACCCAUUUAUACUAGUGGCUGACAGAUUGAAAUACUACACUGAAAAUCUAUGAAAUAAUUAUUUCUUAGAGUCAUGUAGAACUUUCUAAUAUUACAUUGCCAACAAAAAUUGCCAAAAAUUUCUACUUUUUUACUACAGUUUAAAAUGUGACUUUCCCUUAUAUUGCUUAUCAGCAAUAAACAUAAAUAAGCCCAGCCUGCAUUUAUAUUUGAAUUGUCAUUCCCAUGUUUUCCCAGACCUUUAAGUGACCCCAUUUAAUUUUUUUGUUUUCUGCUCUCACAACUACUUACCUAUUCCUUUAAUGUAAGAGAGAAAGGAAGUCUUGAGCUCCUGCAUUGACUGGAUUAGAGAGGUAUUUCUUAUACAAUAAAAUAUUUAGGUCUUGA